AUGGCCGCGACUCGGCGUGAGACCCGGUCUGCGGAAGUUCUAAAGCUUCAUCGCGAACACGGCGAUUUUGUCCGCCUCGCCUUCAACCACAUCUCGGUGGACAGUCCUGACGCGCUGGACGCCAUCUACUCACACAAAGCACGUUUUGCCAAGGGCCCAUAUUACGAUGCCUUUAUGCAGGGUCCUCUAAAUGUGUUCAAUACUCGCGACUUCCGGCAGCAUUCGAAACGGAAGAGGAUCCUCCAGCCAGCCUUUUCAGAAAGUUCACUGGCUCGCUUUGAGCCUGAAAUGGACAGAAUCUUGAUGCAGUGGAAACGGGAGCUGACACGCCGUGCGACAGCUGAUGGCGUUCAGCUUAACAUUGCACUCUGGGUUACCCUACUUGCCUUUGAUUCGAUAGGAAGCUUCUCAUUCGGCUUACCCGGUGGCUUCGGAUUCUGCGAAAGGGGUGUUGACCACCUGAAUUUGGGUCACGCCAUCAGCAGCCGGGCCUCCAUUUUCAAUGCUCUCGGGACUGUCCCAGGGUGGAUGAGACCCUUGAUGGCUUACUUGCCCUUCGAUAACUACUACCGCUCUCUGGGUCCGAUCAAGUUCAAGCUGUCUGGCUUUGCGCAGGACGCUUUGAAACAGCGAAGCAUGAAUGAUGGUGACAAGCGAGAUGUGGUGAGCUUCCUUUCAGGGUCAAAAGACCCCGAGACAGGGCAGACCGUCCCAGACGAUAUAGUCCUCACCGAGGCUACUGGAUUCAUCGCCGCCGGCAGUCACUCGACCGCUGUCACCAUGACGCUUCUGCUAGACACGGUUGCACGUGAUGUGAAGGUGCGGCGCCGGCUUCAAGCAGAACUCGAUGCCGCGUUUCCUGGAAAAUUGCCAGAGGACUGGAUUCCAUCACGACGCUUGGCAUCUGAGCUUCCCUAUUUCAUGGCAACUAUUCGUGAGUCACAGCGCGUAUUUCCGACAUCCUCAACGGGAUUGGAACGCGUGAUCCCUGAAGGUGGCAGAACAAUAUGUGGCGAGUAUUUGCCUGAGGGGACACUGGUCAGCUCGCCGCUCAACUGCGCGCUCAAAGACCCACGCGUCUUCAGCGACCCCGACCGCUUUGAUCCUGAGCGAUGGCUCGGCGCUAACAGCAAAGACUUAUUGGCACAUUUUCAUCCGUUUUCCCUCGGUCCACGAGUUUGCCUCGGACGCGCGUUUGCCAUGUUUGAGAUGGUGAAGACUCUCGCCUUAUUUAUUAGAUUGUUCGAGUUUGAGAAUGCCUCGCCCGAACCUACACCAUACACUGAAGGCUUCUUUGUAAACGUAGAAGAUUGUGAAGUCCUCAUCAGACUGCGGGAAUGA